AUUCCCCGCAGCCACAGCCUUGAGUGACAAAUCCGAGGAACCAUUCUAGCGCCUGCUAGCACUGCAUUCGACGACCGCCGUCCGCCAUCCCCGCCCCGUCUGGCAGCCUUGCAGAAAUCAGCCACAGAGGCCGACGCUGGUGGACUACCCCUCGCGAGACGCAUGCAAAACGCUCCGCACACCAAAUUGCCGGUCCGGGACGUUUCCGCUAUAAUUGCAAGGAUGAAGGACCAGGUUGACUAUACCUUGUACCUCGUCACUGACUCGACGGAGGCUAUCUUGGGAUCACGGGAUCUUGUUGAAGUUGUCGAGCAGGCGCUUCUUGGAGGUGUGACCGUGGUACAAUACAGAGACAAGACCAGUGACACAGGCGCCCUCAUCGCAACCGCAAAGGCCCUCCACGAGAAAUGCAAAAAGCACAACAUCCCCCUUCUCAUCAACGACCGUGUCGAUGUAGCCCUCGCCGUAGGCUGCGAGGGCGUCCAUCUAGGCCAGGAUGACAUGAACCUCACGGAAGCCCGCAAACUCCUGGGCAGAGACAAGAUCAUAGGUGCCACCGUCUCCUCCAUAGAGGAGGCACGCGUCGCCGUCGAGCGCGGAGCAGACUACCUGGGCAUCGGCACGCUAUAUGCCACCUCAACGAAGAAGAACACCAAAGACAUCAUCGGCGUCAACGGCAUACGCAGGAUCCUGCGUUACCUUCACACGUCCGACGACGAGGCUGCCAGAAAAAUGAAGACGGUUUGCAUAGGCGGUGUCAACGCACUCAACGUCCAGAGAGUGACCUACCAACUCCACGCCCCCUCGGACCACUCGUCACCGCCAAAGUCCAUUGACGGUGUGGCAGUAGUCUCCGCUAUCGUUGGCGCAAAAGACGUAGAGCAGGCUGCCGCAAACCUCAAGACGCUUCUCUGCACACCCCCUACCUUCAUCCACUUCUCUCCAUCAACCAACAACAAUGAAGACUGGACCUCCCUCUCCCACCUCCACACUACAUCCCUCGCCCUCACAAAAGCCGUCGACUCCGCCUCACCCCUCUCGCACAACAUGACCAACCUGGUCGUCCAAAAUUUCGCCGCCAGCGUGGCCCUCGCCAUCGGCGCCUCCCCCAUAAUGUCCAACAACGGCGCCGAAGCCGCCGACCUCGCCCGCCUGAACGGCGCCCUCGUCAUAAACAUGGGCACCGCGACCCCCGAUGCCCUGAAGAACCACGCCCUCGCCAUCGCAGCCUACAACGCCGCGGGCCGGCCCGUAGUCCUCGACCCUGUCGGCGCAGGCGCCACCUCGGCGCGCAAAGAAGCCCUAUCCUUCCUCCUCGCCUCGGGCUACUUCUCCGUCAUCAAGGGCAACGAGCGCGAAAUCCUCGCCGUCGCGCAAGCCUCGGGCCUCGCCGUGGCGUCCAGCGAGCACGCAGCCCAGCAGCAACAGCGCGGCGUCGACUCGGGCCCCGCCUCUUACACCCUCCCGCAACGCGCCCACAUGGUCCAGCGCCUCGCCCGCCGCGAGCGCACCGUCGUCCUCAUGACCGGCGCAACAGACCUCCUCUCCGACGGCACGCGCACCUACGCCCUCUCCAACGGCCACGCCUACCUCGGCAUGGUGACGGGCAGCGGCUGCACCCUCGGCACCACCAUCUCCGCGUACCUCGCCGCCGCGCCGGGCGACCCGUUCAUGGCCGCCGCCGCUGCGGUUCUGCACUUUGAGAUUGCGGCCGAGGACGCGGGGCGCAGCGAGGGGGUGCGGGGGCCGGGCACGUUUGUACCGGGUUUUGUGGAUGCGCUGUAUGCCAGGCGGAAGGCGAUUGUGGAGGGGCAUUUGGAGGAGGGGGCUGAGCGGCUGAAGGUCGAGGUCUUGAGGGAGGUAAAGGAUGUGGGGAUUUUGAGGGAGGCGUAGCUGUGUACUUUGGUGCGAUAGAUAGGAAAUAGACGUACAUACUGCGUGUGGAGGAUGUAUGCA